UUUAGGGCAGCGAGGUUAAGAAGCCGGCAUGGCGUUCGGGUCAAUAAAAUCGAUAGCUGGAACCUGCCUGUGUUCUAGGCAGCGGUGGUGCAGAAGCAGCGCCGCCAUCUUCCCCGAAGGCAUCUUCCGGUGCCUAUCACCCAAGUUCCAGCGAGAGUUUCCUGAAUAACGGGGUGGUCUGUGUUGGGCCUCCUGGCCCCUCAGGCAGCCGAUUCAUAUUUCCUCCGGGCCUUCCCGGCUGGGCUUCUAGGUUUCGGGGUGCUCGGUGCCCGGGGCAAGGCCCGGGGCGCAGGUCCAAUGGCUCCGCCUUCGGCUCCGCUCCUCGCGUGGGCACCCGGAGUGGCUGGACCUCCUCGCAGAAGGGGCAGGAGGCCAAAGGCCUUGAAAUUCGCGGACGUGGCCGUGUACUUCUCCUUGGAGGAGUGGGGGUGUCUGCGGCCCGCGCAGAGGACUCUGUACCGGGAUGUGAUGCGCGAGACCUACGGCCUCCUGGGCGCGCUCGGAUGCGCAGGUCCCAAACCAGCCCUCAUCUCCUGGUUGGAACGAAAUACCGAUGAUUGGGAACCGGCAGCCCUAGAUCCGCAGGAGUACCGGAGAUGGGUAACAUUCCAGAGAAAAACCAGAACCAGGCAGAAGAAGGAAGAGAAGGGACUUUUUCCGCCUAAGGAAGCGCCCCGGAAGGGGAAACGAGGGCGGAAGCCCAGCAAACCCCGGCUGAUUCCCAGGCAGACAUCCGGGGGCCCCAUCUGCCCUGACUGUGGCUGUACCUUCCCUGACCACCCUGCCCUGGAGAGCCACAAGUGUGCCCAGAAUCUGAAGAAGCCCUACCCUUGCCCGGACUGUGGGCGCCGCUUUUCCUACCCAUCCCUACUGGUCAGUCACCGGCGGGCACACUCUGGUGAAUGCCCUUACGUUUGUGACCAGUGUGGCAAACGUUUUUCCCAGAGGAAAAACCUGUCUCAGCACCAGGUCAUACACACAGGCGAGAAGCCCUACCACUGCCCUGACUGUGGCCGCUGCUUUCGACGGAGCCGGUCUUUGGCCAAUCACCGGACCACCCACACCGGCGAGAAGCCUCACCAGUGCCCUAGCUGUGGGCGUCGCUUCGCCUACCCAUCUCUGCUCGCCAUCCACCAACGGACACACACAGGGGAGAAGCCCUAUACCUGCCUAGAGUGCAGCCGUCGCUUCCGCCAGCGCACUGCCCUGGUCAUCCACCAGCGCAUCCACACCGGAGAGAAGCCUUACCCUUGCCCUGACUGCGAACGGCGGUUCUCCUCUUCCUCUCGCCUGGUUAGCCACCGGCGCGUGCACUCUGGGGAGCGGCCCUAUGCCUGUGAGCACUGUGAAGCCCGCUUCUCCCAGCGCAGCACCCUGCUCCAGCACCAACUCCUGCACACAGGCGAGAAACCCUACCCCUGCCCGGACUGCGGACGUGCCUUCCGAAGGAGCGGCUCCUUGGCAAUCCAUCGCAGCACCCACACGGAGGAGAAGCUGCACGCUUGCGAUGACUGUGGCCGCCGCUUUGCCUAUCCCUCGCUGCUGGCCAGUCAUCGGCGUGUGCACUCAGGCGAGCGGCCCUACGCCUGUGACCUUUGCUCCAAACGCUUUGCCCAGUGGAGCCACCUGGCUCAGCACCAGCUCCUGCACACUGGGGAGAAGCCGUUCCCCUGCCUUGAGUGUGGCCGAUGCUUCCGCCAGAGGUGGUCCCUGGCUGUCCACAAGUGCAGCCCCAACACCGCCAACAGUAGCCCUAGAGCUUUAAUAGGAGGGCCCAGUCGGAGGAGCAGUGCCCUUUAG